GGCGGGCCGCUCAGGGUUAAAGGGGCGCCCGCGGGUCGCCGCCGCUCUGCCUCGGGGAGACAAAGCGCCGUCUCGUUGCCGCCCCCGAGCUGUUCCGGGCCAUGGGCGGGACAGACCGUCGCGCCGGUCCCACAGCCAGUGCGAGUGCUGGGAUCGAGGUGUGCACCACUGGACCCGACAGGUGUCGUUUUGUCCUGCUUUUUGGAAGUGCUUUCCAAGUGCUGGGAUGACUGGUGUGAGCGCCCCGUUGGGGGCUCCUGAGUUCAGGCUACACACGGGGCCCUCAGAUCCAGACGGAAAAACCCUCUCCCCUUCCGGAGCAGGCGUGAAUGACCCAGAUGAAGAAUUAGAGUUCCAGAGAGGUUGACUGUGCUGUGCGCCCCCGAGGUGACCCAGCCUGGAGACUGAGAGCCAGCCGACCUGCGAAGGGAGCCGGGUGGGCAGCCUGUGGGCACAGACAGGUGCAGGCCUCGCGGCCAUGAAGCUCAACGAGCGGAGCCUGGCCUUCUAUGCGACCUGCGAUGCCCCGGUGGACAACGCGGGCUUCCUGCACAAGCGCGGGGGCCGCGGGGCCGGCUCGCACCGGCGCUGGUUCGUGCUCCGGGGGAACAUGCUCUUCUACUUCGAGGCGGAGGGCAGCCGCGAGCCGCUGGGCGUCAUCCUGCUGGAGGGCUGCACGGUGGAGCUGGUGGACGCCCGGGAGGAGUUCGCCUUCGCCGUUCGCUUCUCCGGCGGCCGCUCCCGGCCCUACGUGCUGGCCGCCGACAGCCAGGCCGCCCUGGAGGGCUGGGUGAAGGCGCUGUCCCGGGCCAGCUUCCACUACCUGCGCCUGGUGGUGCGCGAGCUGGAGCAGCAGCUGGCCGCCAUGCGCGAGGGCGGCUCGGCCAAGGCCGGCCCCGCCAGCCCCAGCCCCAGCCCCAGCCCGGCUUUGAACCCGAGACCCAAGGAGAACGGCCGGGCAGUGUGGAGCGCUCUGCCUGAGCCACCGCCGCCGCCGCCGCUGCCACCCCGCCGCAGGGCCUCCGCGGCCGACGGGCCCCCGGCGUCCUUCGCCCAGCUGCACGAGCGGUACGGACUAGAGGUGCAGGCGCUCAGGAGCCAGUGGCGCGGAGGCCAGGCGGGCCGAGCCGGCCUGGCGAGCCUGGAGGACCCCUGGCAUCCUGCUUCUGCUGAGACUCAGACUCGGGAGCGGCCCUAAGGGACCUACGGGCCGUGAGGGAGGCAUGACUACACAAGGUCCCCAAAUGGCGUGGAUGCAAGCCGGCUCCCAGGGGACAUCGGAGACUCAGGAGACCUGGGCCCCUGGGGUCAGAGGCACAUCCUUCGGAGGAGAAGAAUCUGGGACCUGAACCUGCAGGUGCUUCUAGAGCCCAAGGAGCUGGUUUCUAGAGAACUCUGCGCCAAGGCAGCCCGUGUGACCUUGACAGCCCUGAAGCUGGCCACCGGCCUGUGGGGCCCAGGCUUCACCCGGUGCCCGGCCUCACAAGGAUCUAAGGCUUGAAGCGGGUAGCUACAGUCUUGAGUUGCUGCUGUGGGCCUAAGGCAGCAGGUGGAAGGUGGGGCUUGCGCUGGUAGGUCCGCAAGGCUCCUGGCCUGGAACCAGCUCAGGCAGGACUUUGCCCAGCUCUGCAGGUGGGCCUCACCUGACCUCAGGCCUGGGCUGCGACCAGCUUCCUCACAGGUUCACCUGAAGACCAGGGCUCCUACUGAUUCCAUGCCUGCAGGGGGGAGUCCAGGCACCGCCCCUGGCCACUGCAGGCUGGUGGGCCUCCUCCUCCUCACCACAGUGCUGGCCAGCUUCCAGAGUGCUGGGCAGGGCUGGGCCGGGCAACCAGCCCCACCUGGGUCUUGUUCACAGUCCUCCUCAGUGCCCCGCCCUGGGGACUGGAGGCCAUUCACUCCAAUCGCUGCGUCCCAUGGGCAGGUUUCGCCCUGGCCCCUCCCUCUCCCCUGUCCCCGAGGCCCUGGGCUGGGGUUCCAUGGGGGCCUCUGUCUGUCCCAGGGCCUCUAGGCCCCCUGCUGGCUCAGGGGCCAGGCCAGGCCAGGCCUUGGCUGUGGGUUGUCUUUGAAGUACAGAGGGUACUGUCUUUCCUCAGUCAGUGAGGUGUUCCAUUCUCACCCCUGCCACUUUCUACUGUCAGCUGGCUGCAAGGGGUGGCAUUGUCCCCAGGGAGCCGGGCCCUAGCAGGAGACACAGAGGCGCCUCGCCUACUUGGCCCUUACCUCGACCUCUGUCUCCUGAGCUCAGCUGCCUGCACAGGUGGCGCCUCUGGGGAUUGGUCUCUGUCUCCUCAGCUCUCCCUCCGUGGGCUCAGGACUUCUGGCGUGGCGGGCGGAGCAGGAGGGCCGAGCUCUGGACUCUCACCGGGAUGGGUUACAAACUCUGAAGGUACGGCGAGGUGGGGGCGAGGGCAGGGGUGUCUCCUUUUCCCAAAGCACAAGAAGUCGUCCCGCUGACUCGGGCUGGGAGGGAAGUCAGCCCGGACAGGGCCCGAGGGCCGGAAUAAAAGCUGGUGGAGAA